AUGCCUUCAUUCUUUACUUUCCAACAAGGUAGUGAAAGGCGCGGCUUCAGCAAUGAGAACUCACCACUCCUUGGUAGAUUUCGUGCAGUGCCAGAUUCGCAUAGACUUGGUGGAGGAAGGAGGAGAAGUCUGCUUGGAUUUAAUGUAGAAGGGUUUGGGGGGGCCUUUGGGGGGAGAGAUGAUGAUGAUGAAGGAGAAGUGGAUGGUUGUGACGAGGAAGAGUUUGGCAUAAUGAAGAGGUGGGGAAGGUCGAUGAAGGAUCUUUGGCUGGAACCUAGGCAAGGUGCUGUAGCCAAGGCAGUAGAUAGGUGGUGGAGCAGAUGGACUGUAUUAGUCGUAUUGCCGGCUGCGUUGGUGAGUCCUUUUGCUGUGUCAUGGUGUGCGCUACCAUUCCCGCAAUACGAAUUUCCCGACGAUGACGACGUGGAGGGUUUUCCAUCGAAUACUUUUGGACACAAGAUACCUGGUCACGGAGAAGCUAGAGUUGAGAUAAACUUUUGGUUCUUCCUAUUCGUAUAUUAUGGUUUCUAUAAUAUAACAGCAUUGAUGUGGAUCACGAAAGUCUUCAACAUCUAUUCGCUGAAUUGGUGGCCUAAAAGUCUUGGUUUCCCCAUCACAGUUUCCAUUAUCGCCGCCAUGUCUAUAGCAGCUCCAAUACCUUUCUAUUGUAUACCCGAACUUCGAUAUAUCACAUCACAUAAUACAGCGUGGAUAUGCUGGACAUUCUUCGCCAUGGCCAUGCCAUUACUAGUUGCAUUUGCUAUCCUCCUCAACCAUGAACGGCACCUCGGCCUACGUAUUCCUCUUUCUGAAACUCAAAGACUCUUCACUUCCUCGUGGUGGACAGGUGACACUGAAACCAUUAAUGCAAGAGAUCGACCACGCAGAGCAAACGUUAGCCGAAGCCAGAACACUUUCGAUCCAAAUGCUUCUUUGGAGGUCGCCUUAGCAUCAGACGAUAUAUAUAGAUCGAGAGAUGCUCAACGUAUGUUGAGGAAACGUUGGCUUCCAGCGAGUUUCGUAAGAUUUAUGUGGUUUUGCGCCGCUUUACUCAUAGGUAUAUUGACUUACUUAUUGGGAGAAACUUAUGCCGAGACAUAUUUGCGAACAUUACCGCACAGCACCGUUGAAACUCUCGUAUACGUUUACAGUUGGGUUGUGACGGUACAUUUGCUCGAUGGGUUAUGUGGGUGGAUCUUAGGGGGUAACGAAGGAGAGAGAGUAGGGAGUUACCCCCUCGGUUGGAUCUUUAAGCUAUACUUUGCUUUAACUUACCAGACCUACGUACGCGCCCUAUAUGCCCGCCUUCGCUCACCACAACAAUUUAUCUAUCUCCAAAUAAUGUCCUCCUCCUUCCUAAUUCUCCUGGCCCCCCUCACCAUCUCCGCCCCCUUCCACUCUCUCCUCAAUCUUCUCGGUCUAAAUGGCCAGUCCUACACCGCCUACCAAAAAUUCUGCACCCGAAAUAUUUUUCUUCGAGGCUUAAGCGAAAAUGUCUCCAUGCUCACCUUCCUAGGAAGUAUCCUCGUCCUCCAUUACGGCGCCAAUAAAGACGUAUACCCCUAUUUCGCGUUCGAUACUCCCAUCAUCCCACCCACCAAUCAAACCCUAUCAAACACCCCCUCUCCCCAUCUCUUCCUCAACAUCCCCCACAUGCCCCACAUCCCACACACCCCCGUGCACCUGCCCGUCUCCCCAAACCCCAACAUCCAAUACGAUUUCCGCCUCACCUUCUACGCAUCAGUCGUGACGUGGGCGUGUGAGAUCGUCGCGGGUUGGAUCACUAGGAGGAUACUGUGGUUUGGAUGGAAAAUGGAUGUGACGGGGGAAGGAAAGAGGGAUUUGGGUAGUUGGCCGGAACUUUUGCCCACGGGCGUGGUGGUUAUGGUGCAUGUUUUGCAGAAUAUGCUGUUUAGUAUUGUGAGGUUGGCUUUUCAUUAG